CACCAACCCCAGACCUGGGUGGCAGCCGCCGAGGAGCCAGGACUGUCCCUGUCGAGCCUCAGCAACCGGCUGGGAAGCCCAGCGCCGUGAUGCCACCGGGCUGGAUCCUGCCACCGCUGCUGCUGGCGCUACUGGCCGUGGGCCAUGCCACGCCGUGCUCGCCCCGGCCCAACGCCACCCGUUUCGUCUGCACGGAGCCCACUCUCAGCACCUUCCCCAAGGGGCUGCCCACCGCCACCGUGGCCAUCUCGGUGGAGUUCACAGCUCUGGCCACCCUCCUGCCCACUGCCCUGGCAGGGCUGCCCCGGCUGCAGGAGCUCCACCUUUCCUCCAACCUCCUUACCACCCUCCCCGAGCCCCUCCUGCGCCCUGUGCCCACCCUUCGCAUCCUCGACCUGACCGACAACCUCCUGGCUGACCUCCCUGCUGGCAUCUUCACCACUGCCCACCACCUCCAGCACUUGGCACUGAGGGGCAACCAGCUGCAGGUGUUGAAACCCUCCUGGUUCCAGCAACUUCUGCAGCUGCAGUGGCUCGACCUGGCUGCCAACGGGUUGGCAGAGGUGCCAUCGGAGGUGUUCCACCCCCUGAGUGCCCUGCGAAACCUGGAUCUAUCCCACAACCGACUGGCAACCCUGGCACCGGGGGCACUGGCUGGGCUGCGGGCAUUGGAGCAGCUCGACCUGGAGGGCAACCACCUGGGCAUGCUGCUGCCUGCCACCUUCCUGCCUGUGCCCUCCCUGCGCCUCCUCUUCCUCCAGGAUAACAAGCUGCAGGCGCUGCCUGCUGGCAUCUUUCUCCCCUUGCGUCACCUUCGCGCCCUCGACCUGGCACGGAACCAGCUGCAGGCACUGGAGCUGCCCCCCCGGUCCCCUGGCCCCCCUUUGGACCUCGACAUCUCUGGCAACCCCUGGGACUGUGAGUGCCAGCUGCUGGAGGUGCUGCAGCAGGUGGCCCCACAGCUCGUCACUGCCCGUGACACCCUCUGUGCCAGCCCCCCUCGUUACCGCGGGCGGGAGGUGGCUGAGGUGAGCCAGGCUGGCGACAAGGGUUGUGCCACCCAGGGGGAUGGCCAGAACCCUCCAGACCCCUAGGCAAGGGGCUUGGUGUCACCCUGAGAGCCUGGGCAUGUCACCUCUCUCCCUGCCAUUCCAUCCCCAGCUGAGAUGGGCUCUCCUGGGGAAACUGAGGCAGGAAGAGGGGGCUGCAGCUGUCCCCAUCCCGUGAUGCCCAUCCCAGUGGCACCCAGCCCCUUCUCACCAGGCUUAGGCUGUCCCAUAUCGCUGUCCCCAUCCUGCCUGGCACAUAUCCCUGUCCCCCCCCAACAAGAGCACAUUAAACAUGGUCACUUGAUGCCACCUCA